CGCUGGUCUUGCUGUUGUCUGGCCAGACAACCUUCGCCCAUUCGCAAUGCUUUUACCUUGGGAACGAUACCACAACGGUCCGGACUCACUACCUUUCCUCGUCGACAUCACACAUCCAAGCAAGCCUUGCGUUCAGUCAAAGCGCUGCAGGUUAUCGACUCUACCCGAGGGUGUGCCAUGUGAUGAAUGCGCCGACAUCUCCCAGCAUGUCUCUCAACUUGUGGAGGCUGCGCGUGACCCCAAACCGCACACUAAUCACCGCUUUUUGGGCCUUGCACACAUGCAAGACCUCGCUAAAGGGUAUGCCGAUCAAACGAGGCAGUUGAAGCUACAGCACAUGAGCAUGCUGACCCAACUCGACGACUACCAUCAUCUUCUCAUGGCCACCUCUGAGCAAGACGUCCCUCGGCUCCGGCAAAUAAUCAAUGUUGCAUUGCGCAAUGGCGCCAGUGUCCGGGAGAUAGUUAAUAAGCUCGAAGAUGCCCUCGAGGGUGCAUACCGUCCACGAGGGUAUGGAGCCAGUAACUUAGACAUAGCGACAUUAGUUUUUCGUCUCGGUGGUCGACAACUUCUCUUUGCACUCAAUCAAAGCCUCGGUCUUCCCUCCAUUCGCACUCUUCGCACCAGGUCCACCUUUACCACACUCACUCCCACUAUUGGCCCUAUUCGCAAUGAAUAGCUUGAUGAAAAUAUUCACUCAGUAGUUCUCAGCUCUCAGUGCUGACAUCACAACCCUACGCAGUGUGAGUCUCAUGGUGGAUGAAAUAGCUCUGGAAGAAAUGGCUGUCCACUUCAGCAAGUAUAACAAGAUUGCUGGCCUUUGCUGGAAGCAUUCCCACCUCAUCGAC